UCUGGAGGAGAGAGGGAGCGCGCACUCAUACACAGCGAGAGAGAGAGACGAGCAGAGGAGGCAGUGCCACUGACACGAGUGGAGGGACCCGUGGCUACUUUCCACCACCUCUCACUUCUCCCAGCUCUACCUUGAGACCGGGACUGAGACACCGGGACUAUACCCGCCUACACCCGCACCUUUCCUGGGGCUUUUUUUUUCCGGGGGACUCGAUUGACUGAUCCGCGGACCCAGUGGUGGAGGAGAUUUGUGGUGGCGGGGGGAAGAGAGGAGUUUUCACCGUUCCCCACCGUGCGGGGCGAGGGAGUUUUUCGUGCGUGUUUAUGUGUUUUACGCGCCGCUUGCACUGAUGGGGAAAAGUGGACAGAGAAGUGGAAUAGGACGCGAGCGCUGCGGCUCGGCGAGGAUGUGCGCCGCCGCGCCGGGGAUCCUGCUCCUCCUGGUGCUCGCGCGGCCAGGAGUCGGACAAGUGAGAGACGAGGACGACUUCUUGAGUCUGAGCGAGCUCCCGGAGACCUUCCCCUCCGACCCGCCGGAGCCCUUACCUCACUUCCUGUUUGAGCCCGAGGAAGGCUACAUCGUCAAGAACAAGCCCGUCAAUCUUUACUGCAAAGCAACACCCGCCACACAGAUCUACUUCAAGUGCAACAGCGAGUGGGUCCAUCAGAAGGACCACACUGUGGAGGAGAGGGUGGACGAAAACUCAGGUCUGGUGGUGAGAGAAGCCAGUAUAGAAAUAACGCGGCAGCAGGUGGAAGAGCUGUUCGGCCCUGAAGAUUUCUGGUGUCAGUGUGUGGCCUGGAGCUCUGCUGGAACCACCAAGAGUCGCAAAGCGCAUGUCCGCAUCGCCUACUUGAAGAAGUCGUUUGAACAGGAACCCCUGGGCAAGGAGGUAUCUCUGGAGCAGGAGGUGCUGUUGCAGUGUCGUCCUCCGGAGGGCAUCCCAGCUGCUGAGGUGGAGUGGUUGAAGAACGAGGAGAUCAUCGACCCUGCGGAGGACAGAAACUUCUACUUCACCAUCGACCACAACCUGAUCAUCAAACAGGCGCGGCUCUCCGACACCGCCAACUACACGUGUGUGGCUAAGAACAUCGUGGCGAAGAGAAGGAGCACCACGGCGACCGUUAUCGUUUACGUGAACGGUGGUUGGUCGACGUGGACGGAGUGGUCGGUGUGUAACAGCCGUUGCGGUCGGGGCUUCCAGAAACGGACCCGGAGCUGCACCAACCCCGCCCCUCUCAACGGCGGGCUGCCCUGUGAGGGCCAGGCCAUCCAGAAGCUGUCCUGCACCUCACUGUGCACCGUGGACGGUGUGUGGACCGAAUGGAGCAAGUGGUCAGCCUGUGGGACAGAGUGCACCCAGUGGAUGAGGAGGGAGUGCAACAACCCAGCCCCUAAGAACGGAGGGAAGGACUGCGACGGGCUCCUGCUCCUCUCCCAGAACUGCACCGACGGGCUCUGUAUGCAAAGUUCAUUGUUUCAGAAGUCCACUGAGUCCAAAGAAAAGAGUGGUUUGGGAAUCCCAUCUGCUCCGAGCACAGAUGACGUGGCCCUGUACGUGGGCAUCGUCAUCGCCGUGAUCAUGUGCCUGGUCAUCUCUGUCAUCGUGGCGCUCUUUGUCUACCGCAAGACCCACCGGGACUUCGACUCGGUCAUCAUCGACACCUCGGCUCUCAACGGGGGCUUCCAGUCCGUCAACAUCAAAACAGCCAGAUCAGCUGAUCUACUGACAGUUCCUCCCGACUUGACAAAUGCCGCCGCCAUGUAUCGCGGUCCUGUCUACGCCCUCCACGAUGUUUCAGAUAAAAUCCCGAUGACCAACUCGCCGCUCUUGGACCCGCUUCCCAACUUGAAAAUCAAAGUCUACAACUCGUCUGGUCUGGUCACACCGCAGGACGACCUCGGAGGAGACUUCACGUCCAAACUGUCCCCGAAGGUCACUCAGUCUCUGUUGGACCACAGUGACACCAUGAACCUGCGCAACCAGACCUUAGCCCGAACACGAGACCCGUCCUGCACGGCUCACGGCUCCUUCAACUUCCAGGGGGGACACCUCAUCGUGCCCAACUCUGGUGUGAGUCUGUUGGUUCCAGCGGGGGCCGUUCCUCAUGGCCGGGUGUACGAGAUGUAUGUGACUGUGCACAGGAAGGACAGCUUGAGACCUCCAGUAGAAGACAUCCAGACGGUGCUGAGCCCAGUGGUGAGUUGUGGGCCACCAGGGGCCCUGCUGACCAGACCGGUGAUCCUCACCAUACACCACUGUGCCGACGAUGUCCAUGAAGACUGGCUCAUACAGCUAAAGAACCAACUGGCCAUGGGAGAAUGGGAGGACGUGGUCGUGGUGGGAGAGGAGAACUUCACCACGCCCUGCUACGUGCAGAUGGACUCGGAGGCUUGUCACAUCUUAACAGAGACACUGGGGACGUACUGCCUGGUGGGCCAGUCCAUCGGCAAGGCGGCCGCCAAGAGGCUCAAACUGGCUCUGUUUGGACCCGUCUCGUGCACAACGCUGGACUAUCACAUCCGGGUGUACUGUCUGGACGACACACAGGAUGCACUCAAGGAGGUUCUUCAGAUGGAGACCCAGAUGGGAGGGAAACUCCUGGACGAGCCAAAGACUCUGAACUUUAAAGACAGCACACACAACCUGAGACUGUCCAUCCACGACGUGCCACACACACAAUGGAAGAGCAAGCUCCUCGCAAAGUAUCAGGAGAUCCCGUUCUACCAGGUGUGGAGCAGCAGUCAGAGAACUCUUCACUGCACCUUCACCCUGGAGAGACUGAGCUCAGCCACCACGGAGAUCAGCUGCAAACUGUGUGUGCGGCAGGUGGAGGGAGAAGGACAGAUCUUUCAGCUCAGCAGCACUUUGGAGGAGGACCUCCAGUGCAUAGACACGUCCCUGAUGGACCCUGCCAGUAAUAUCACAACCUUAGUCGGGCCCAAUGCCUUCCGCAUUCCUUUAUCCAUCAGACAGAAGCUGUGCGGCAGUCUGGAUGCACCGCAGACCAGAGGCAACGACUGGAGGAUGCUGGCCCACAAACUGAACCUUGACAGGUACCUGAACUACUUUGCCACCAAGUCCAGUCCCACAGGUGUGAUCCUGGAUCUGUGGGAGGCCCAGCACUUCCCCGACGGAGACCUCAACGAACUGGCCGCCGUGCUGGAGGAGAUGGGUCGCCAUGACGGCAGCCUCGCCUCCAUGACAAUGGACCAUUGACAGAGCCCAGAGGUUUCCAGGACAGUGACAGAACGCUGAAGACGAUUUACUUGUGGCUUCUCUGCGGUGGCUGCUGCAGCGAAGACAACGAACGACUUCGACGUGAGCAGAAAGGAAAAGUUGUUGCCACGGUGGCUGAGCACCAGUUAGACACGACGGUAAUCAGGCCGACAUGGAAACAGACAGGAUGAAGGAAGGGGCUGGAACUAUGUGCAAAUCUUUACGUGUGUGUUUGCAGCGUCAUGUGUGACUUGAGGAGAGAGAACCCGACCUACCACACACACACUAACACACACACAGUCUAUCAGGAACAAACAAUACACACACGCCUGAAAAAAAGCCCUUGUCUUGUGUAACACCAGUUGUUCUCUUGCUGUUAUUUUCUACUGAACAAAGACGAGCAGAGAAAAGAAAAAAAAAAAUCAACAUGAGGCCCCGACCUUGAAAAAAAAACCCUCUAUAGUAAAAGGAACAGAAUCAGGAAGCGAGAGAAGAGAACUGAUUACAGACGAUUGGGGGGAAGGUAGAUUGAGGUGAGAGAGAGAGAGAGUGAGUUAGAGACUCUUCAUUAAGACGAGGGAACCUAAACUGAUUACAAAAGGACAGGAAGAGGUAAACAGAGAAUGAUGGAGGGAGGGUCAGGUGAUCAUCGGAGGGAACAGGAGGGAGAAGAGGUAACGAGGGAGGAGAUGAAGAAGGGAUCCGACCUGUUGAGCCUCGGCUGAACGUGUACUCCAGUGCAGUUUGUCGUCUUUAUAUCGUUUCCUAUGGAACGCUCUAUGUAUUCUGCUGUCCAUCUGUGUGGAUCAUUACCUGCAAACAGAACUCGCUACACGGUGACGUGACUUGUCAAUCAAGGGGUCCUGACCAGAAACAAGCCGGAG